AUGAGGGAGGCGUCCGUAUAUUCCGUUUACUACUUUGGCGACGAAUGGGAGACAAAAGUUCCAGCACUGCAGGCAAUUCAAGAGGUGCUCGUUUUUCUAAAAAGCACAGAGAAGGAAGGGGUGCAAAGCAAAUUUACGCAUUUUAUUUUAUCUGUCAUUAACGAAAAAUUUGAGAAGGACAUCGAAUCGGAAUCAUCAGUUAUUGGCUCAUUGCAACUCUAUGGGGACAUGUCAACGAAGUUUAGUGAAAGCUGUCAAAAUGCUGUGAUUGAAGCUGAUUCUCAACCCAAGUCUGAAAUUCAAGUCCUAUGGAAAGCGCCCCAGAAAGGCAGUGGUUGCAUCAAAUUUCGAGCUACGGUAGUCGAGUCCGUCGACCUGUGGUUCAGCGAAGACGGGGAGCUGACGAAAACUCUUUGCGAGGAGUCACCGGACACCGAUGAUACUCAACCAAAAAUACUCAGACACUGCUGCACUUGCGAUGAAGCCAAAUACGAGGUAACCUUCGAGGGGCUUUGGUCGAGAAAUACUCACCCUAAAGAUUUCCCUUCAAAUGGAUGACUAACAAGAUUUAGCGAUAUCAUCGGCGCAUCCCAUACAGUGAACUACACCUUCUGGAACUAUGGGGAUAUAGCCAGCGAAGGUCUGAGGCAACUUGCAGAGCACGGCAACACCAGAAUGUUGGAAAGCGAAUUAAAAGCAAAAAGUGACCAUAUCCGGACCAUCAUCAAAGCUCGAGGUAUCAGUUACCCCAAUAUUACAGGCAAGACCUUCGCAGUCUUCAGAGUGGACAACCGACAUCAUUUAAUGUCUAUUGUGUCGAUGAUUGACCCAUCACCAGACUGGAUUGUGGGAGUCUCGAGUCUGGAACUAUGCCUUAGGAACUGCUCUUGGAUCGAAUCAAAAGUAUUGAAUUUAUACCCAUGGGAUGUGGGAACAGAUGAUGGAAUAAGUUAUUUGUCAGUAGAUCAACCCUCUUCUCCACGACAACCCAUUAGGAGAAUCAGGACUAAUGUGCCUAACGACCCCAGAUCACCAUUCUUCGACCCUACCGGCGUACCCAUGAAACCUUUAGCGCGCCUUACUCUUUCUAGACAGAGGCUCUACGAGAAAACCUGCGACCCUUCAAUUCUGGAAGAAAUGGAUGACAAUAACUCUAACUGUGAAACAGAGGAAUGGUCCGAAUGGUCCCCUUGUUCAGCAACUUGCGGUAGAGGUGUCAAAUACAAACAAAGAAGAUAUAAAAAUGAGGAAAGCAAGUAUACUUGCCAUAAAAAACUAACAGAGAGGGCGAGUUGCGAAGCUGUUCAAAAGUAUUGCCCUCAUCAACCGAGAAGAGAAGUGGAAGAUCCGCUUUGUGAACUGGGUCCUUGGUCUGAAUGGUCCAGCUGUAGCGUUACAUGUGGCAAAGGCAUCCAGACCAGAGACAGGAGAUAUAAGAACAGAUUUGCCGCUAAGAGUUGUGCAGCAGGAAAAGUGAAUCCUCCUAUCCUUCAACAAAAUUUGGAAUGCUGGGGUCAGGACAAAUGUGAUGACUUUGAGGAGGAGUUGAACGAAAAUUGCCCGCAAAAGCCUUGGAGUGAAUGGUCGCCUUGCUCAUCGACUUGCGGUAAAGGAUUCAAGGAAAGGUACCGUUUGUCGUUGGAAUUUACAGGCAAAAAGGCUAUCUAUUGGCCAUUUUUUAAGAAAAACGAAGAUGAAUUCGACGAAGAUGAUCCCUGCAAUAAUCAGAAAGUGAGAGAAACUGUAGAAUGCUUCAAUCCGCCUUGUGAUGGGAAACCUAUAAUAACCGGGGAACUCAUUGCUAACUUAACAUCAACAAAAAAGCAAUUAGACGUUACUGUUUCUGGAGUACUAUCAUACAACAUUCAAAACGACGCUGUUCAUGGUAAUAGAUGUGCUAAUGUGGGUCAAAAAUCGCCUAGGCAUUUAGAUGGUAAAAGUCAACCAAUGGAUUUAAAAAUUGAUUGCCAAAUGACACCCUGGAGUAAUUGGAGUUCGUGCAACGCUACAAAUGGAAUGUGUGGUCAUGGAUACAAAAUGAAGCAAAGAUCUGUAGUGGAGGGGUGGAUUUCCUCGUCCCCCUGCGCCAGAGAUGGAGGAGUUGAGGAGGUGGCUGCAUUUGCAUGCAAUUCCGCCUCUCCAGCCUCCGUUUCCAUCUGCUCCAGCGGCCCGGAGGUUGCCGUCGGCGCAGCUUCCACGGAAAUCCAGAGAGUGGCUUUCGUCAGCUUUGGCAACUGGUCAGAGCGCACCACGGCUAGGGCACUGCCCUCCCACGGGUUCAGGCUUCCCACUGCAUCCGUCAACCACGUCCGUGUGUACUCGUCCUCGCAGACAACCCUGAUGAUCUCACCAGAGUAUGUCCACGAGCGAAACACAGGUGGUCUAAUGGUAGCGUCGGGAGUUAGAAGAAUUUUAUCCAGCUCCACCAGCAGCACGGCCUGCUCAACCACCAGGUACCCUUCCUCCGACGACACGGGUCGCCACGCACGGCACAAACACGUGGGAGCUGGUCCGCGGGGUGCCUUCGCUGGGGUCCAAGCCAGGGGGUUAGCCCCAGUGGACCUGCUUAUGACGACCCUCGACAUAGAACCAAGGUCCUAUGGCUUCCCCUAUCCGCCACCCGAGGACGCGCCUGGGGAACUCAUUGCUAACUUAACAUCAACAAAAAAGCAAUUAGACGUUACUGUUUCUGGAGUACUAUCAUACAACAUUCAAAACGACGCUGUUCAUGGUAAUAGAUGUGCUAAUGUGGGUCAAAAAUCGCCUAGGCAUUUAGAUGGUAAAAGUCAACCAAUGGAUUUAAAAAUUGAUUGCCAAAUGACACCCUGGAGUAAUUGGAGUUCGUGCAACGCUACAAAUGGAAUGUGUGGUCAUGGAUACAAAAUGAAGCAAAGAUCUGUAGUGUUUCACCCCCAAAAUGGCGGUCUUCCUUGUCCAUCUAAGCUAGUAAAACGAAAAAAAUGUAGGAAAUCUUGUAAGACCAAAUUUCAAAACCAAGAACACACCAACUCAAAUAAAAUAGAUAUAGACUGCGUCGUGGGCCCCUGGUCAGAGUGGUCAAAAUGUGGUUCAAUUUGCGAGAACGAAUAUCAGCAUAGAUUUAGACACGUUUUAGUUCACCCUAAGGCUAAUGGAGAAAAAUGUCCAAAUAAGGUGGAGAAACGACCAUGUCCCUGCAAUUGA